AUGCACAACCUCAACAUCUUCCUCAAGUUCUACAAGAAUCGCAACAAGACCCACUGGACGGAGCGAGCGAAGCGGAUGGCGACGAAGCGAUUGAAGACCCGCGAGGGGUGGGACGAGCUGUUCGAGGCGCAGCACGUGGGCAUGGCCUACGAGAAGAUGGGCCUCCUCCCGAGCGACGGCUCGGCCCUGCCCACCGCCACGUCCGAGCCAGCCCCGAGCGCCCUCAACGCGCUCAUGAUGAACGUCAACCCACAGUUCCUCCUCGACGGCGGCCGCAGCCGUCCGCCGUUCCUCGUGAAGCACUUCACAUCGGCGACCGACCUCGAUCUGAUCGACGGCUGCCUCGAGGAGGAGGUCCAGCUCACGCCUUCGCCUCCGGACGCCGAUCAGGGCACGAGCCUCGACGCCGCCGAUGCCGAACUUCGCAAGAAAGCCGAAGAGGAAGCGCUUGGGAAGUGGCAGGACACGAAGGUGGUGGUGCUGGAGGCGCGCGACAUGCGGCCGGGCAAGUCCCGGCCCAAGGCCCUGGCGGCCAACAUCUACUGUGUCGUCACGUCGGUGUCCCGCCUGCGUCAGUCGUCCGUCUGCUGGCACACGCCCCACCCGGUCUGGAACGAGCAGUACUUUGUCGGCGUCUCCGACUCCAUAUCGGUGCAGGUGCUGGACAAGAGUGAGUCGGCGGCGUCAGACGACUUGCUGGGCGUCAUCGACGUGCCUCUGGGUCCGCUGCCCCUGGACCGAGAGGUGGACAUGUGGCUGCAGCUCAAGUCCACCAUCCCCAACGCGCUUCCUGGCGAGAUCCACGUAAAGAUCAAGAAGCAAUCAUCGCUGGGCAAGCUGGUCGCCCACCUCCAGCCUGCCGACGACUGGUCCGAUGACGAUGACGAGGAGGAGAGCGAGUCCGAUGCCUGCACCGCACACCUCAAGCCCAUGGAAGGCGAUGAAGAGGAGCAGGUGAAUGCCGUCGACGGCAAGGCCGAGGCCUUCGUCAGCGAUCCGAAGAAGCCGCACUUCCUGGUGGGCAACGACGAGGAGGAGCGCAUCGGUCUGCCGCUGGGCCAUCACCACCCGCCGCGCCAUCUCCUCGACUCGGCGAGCGACGUGGAGCCCGUCACGGAGGGCUCGGUCGAGGAGGAGAUCGGAUUCGAAGGCGAACUGAGCAUGCGACCGAGCGGGAGCGGCCGGCCUCGCCCACGGAUGGCCCGCCAGGACUCAACUCCGUCGGACGUGGGGAGCAUGGGCCGGAGCACGUCGUCCUACGACGACAUCUUCCAUUUCGAAGUCGACGACGAUCUCGGCAGCUAA